GUUGAGAGGGCACAGACUGAGGUGGAUUGUGUCGGUGGCAGCACAGUGUGUCCAUUAAAUCGAAGCUGAAGUCCCUUGAUGAGAUCCAUGCCGAGCAAAGCUGUGCCAUUGUCGACAAUAAAGAAGUGUGCAGGACAGAUGCAGCGGGGCAGUUUUGUGCGUUUGCAAGACGUCCAGCAGAGAAAGAAUGUGCGAGCUGAUGGAGUAGAAGCAGAAGGUUUUGAUGAGCUUCAUCUGCACAGAGGUUUAUACUGAAGACUGUCUCCAUCAAUCAGAUGUCUACACAGGCCCCAAUCCCGGCAGCGUCUCCUCCUCACAUCGGGCCUCCACCAAAGAGAUGUCCGGCUUAUCUCCUUGUGCUUAUAUGGCUUUCAAGAACUUGAAGAGAAGGUGGUUGAAAACUAGAAAUACUUCUUCACAGAGGCAGGAGAGUGGUAGACAACAGAUGUCUCUUGAGCCCCCUGUGUUGACAUCUACACAAAAGAUGGUUAUGGAGCCCUCUGUCCCGGCAGAGUCUCCUUUUCAUGCUUGUAUUUUAAGGGAUCAUCCUUCUUCUUCACUGCCGGAAGAUCAGGCUUCAGAUAGAGAGGUGUCCAUAGCAUCUCCUCAAGCUUCUGAGGCCUCCGAGAAACAAAAAAGAAGGAGGAAAAAGAAAAAUAUUGCGUCACAAAUGCUGGAGAAUGAGGGACAGGAGAUAUCCACAGAGCUGACCGUCCCAGCAGUGUCUCCUCCUCACCAGGAGAGUCUUACAGAGGAAUCUGAGUCCCGGCUCCCUGCAGCAGCUGCUAUGGAUCCCGCAUCAGCAGAUCUUCCAAAAAGCCAGGAAAAGAACAGCAAAAUGGAAACUGAGACCACAGUUGAUGAUAUGUGCAAGAUGCUGAAUGGACUCCAUGUGUCCACAGAGCUCACAGGCUUACCUACACCGCCUGCUGUACCUCAUUUUAGGAAUUAUCCUCCUUCCUCCAUCUCCGCUAUGACGUGUCCCUCCACAUUUAGUUUUAUAGUGCCUCCAACAUUUGUUUUUACACCGAGUCAGCAGACUGGCUCUAGUCCGAUGACUGGACAAGAAAUGUCUGUGAAGCCCCCAGUGACAGCAGACACCAGAGCAUCACCUUCUCCACCUCAGGAACCUGCCAUGAAGCUGGAGAAUGAUGCUUCAUCCGGAGAUGUCUCUAAACAAUCUCAUGGGGUGGCUAAGCUAUCCAAGAAGAAAGCUUCCAUACAAAGGCAGGAGAAUGAUGGACAGGAAAUGUCCACAGAGUCGCCCGUCCCGGCAGCGUCUCCAACUCAGCAGAUUCUUACAGAGACACUUGAUGGUCCAAAUCCAGCCGAAUUUGGGCCCCAGUUACCUCCAGAAGCUACUGUUGAUCCAACAACAGCGGAUCUUCCAGAGUGCGUGUAUGAGAGCAGCAUACUGGACUCUGAUACCACAAUUGAAGAUGUAUGCAAGCAGCUGGAUGAAUUCCAACUUUUAAAAAAUCCCCCAGCUCUACCUACACCACCUGCUGUACCUCAGCAUAAUCCUCCUGCCUCGAGCUUCCCUACGAAGUGUAACUUUUUUAACAAAAUCAGACAAUGGGUGGACACGAAAAGUCAACAGACCCUCCUCCUACAGCAGCUUCUCAAUUUCAAGUCUUACAUGUAGUCUUGAUGAUUCAAGUUCAGCCAAAUUUGAAUCCCAGCAUCCUCCAGCAGCUGCUGUGAAUCCAUCAACAGGUAUCAAUAAUUGUAUGAUCUGACCAAAAC